UUCCAGGGCAGAGAUUUUCAUGCUCUGAAAACCAGGCAUGACAAAUCCUGCAGCUGUGUCCUAAACUUCUGUCCUCGACCGUCAGCUACAUUAACUUCAUAUAGAGCAGAUCAGUGCUGGAGGAUCUAUUCGUGAGCAGCUUGAGGACAACCUAAGGAACCCUAAUAAGCAUUACAACAUGUGGGUGACAAACCUGGUAGCCCUGGCCCUCCUGGCCACUUCAGCCUCAGCUGCCACCUCUGCAUCAGCAGACAAGGUCCUCAGUAACCAUGCUACCAUCCUGGCCGACAACAGCGCCAACCUGGCUUUCACACUCUACCAAAACAUGGCAAAGGAGAAGAACAUAGAAAACAUCCUCAUUUCCCCUGUCGUGGUGGCCUCCUCUCUGGGUCUGGUAGCCCUUGGGGGAAAGGCCUCCACUGCCUCUCAGGUGAAAACCAUUCUGAAUGCAGCUAAAGUUAAAGAUGAGCAGCUGCACUCUGGUCUGGCAGAGCUGCUGACUGAGGUGAGCGACCCAAAGACCCGCAACGUCACCUGGAAGAUCAGCAACCGUCUGUAUGGACCCAACUCUGUCAACUUUGUGGACGAUUUUGUCAAGAGCAGCAAAAAACACUACAACUGUGACCAGUCCAAGAUAAACUUCAAAGAUAAGAAGAGCGCUGUGAACUCCAUCAAUGAGUGGGCAGCCAAGUCCACUGGCGGCAAACUGCCUGAGGUCACCAAGGAUGUAGCGAAGACUGAUGGGGCGAUGAUCGUCAAUGCUAUGUUUUUCAAACCUCACUGGGAUGAGCAGUUCCAUCAUCAGAUGGUGGACAACCGUGGAUUCAUGGUGUCCCGCAGCUACACAGUCUCAGUGCAGAUGAUGCACCGCACAGGUCUCUAUGGCUUCUACGAUGACAGCACCAACAAGUUGUCCAUCCUGAGCAUGCCUCUGGCUCAUAAGAAGUCCAGCGUGGUGUUCAUCAUGCCCUACCAUUUGGAACCUCUGGAGAGACUGGAGAAGAUACUGACCAAGAAGCAGCUGGAUACAUGGAUGGGCAAGCUGCAGGAAAAAGCAGUGGCUGUGUCUCUGCCCAAAGUCAGCAUGGAAGUCAGCCACGACCUGCAGAAACACCUCGGGGAGCUGGGCCUGACAGAGGCUGUGGACAAAUCCAAAGCUGACUUCUCCAAAAUUUCCGGGAAAAAGGACCUCUACCUGUCCAGUGUUUUCCAUGCCUCCGCCAUGGAGUGGGACACUGCUGGAAAUGAAAUUGACACCAGCAUCUUUGGCACUGACAAGCUGAAAAGCCCUAAACUGUUCUACGCUGAUCACCCCUUCAUCUUCCUCGUGAAGGACCAGAAGACAAACUCCAUCCUGUUUAUUGGCAGGAUGGUCAGACCAAAGGGAGAAAAGAUGAGAGAUGAACUGUGACCACGUGUUGACUAGAAAUGUCUUAGUUAGACGUCUGACUGUGUGUGUGAAUGUAGGUUUUCUACUGCAAUAUGCUGAGAGAAGUGUGAAAUUAAAUAGAUGGUUUGAUAAGUGCAUUCCUAUGUCCCAUGUUGACAGCAUUCCCCAAAUCAUAGCAAAGGCACCUAUAUUUUUAUCUUCGAGAAUAUUUCUCAUCACUACAUGGCUUUUUUUGUUAUGAAUUGAUCACAUUUUGGACUGAGGACUGAAGUAUUAUUUCCCUGAUUAAUGCCUAACAUGUAAAUGCAGUUUGCUUGAAUGGAGAAGGGAUUUUAUCAUCAGUAUGUGACAACACAAAAACUCUUUGUA